UACAAGAUCAUCAAUAUUGCACAAAAUCGGAUGAAAUUUAUACCUACCAAUCGAUGAUAAGUUUUAAUAUCUUUAAUUAUCUUCUAAUAAAAUUUUACCUAACCGUAACCACCUUUGCGUUGUCAAAAAAAUCGAAAAACCAUAAUUAUAUCGUUCUAUUUUCACAUUACCUAGAGCCCUAGUAGGUACCGUUAGAGGGCUUUAAUUUUACCAAGGCGUGAUCUUCUUUCAAGUGACGUCACACGCCUGGGACGGCCAGAGGAACGGUGCUGCACCGUUUUUCCACAUAAAACCGGUUUUAGACUUUGGCGAACCUCUCUUUCAGUUUAUAGAUGAUGCAUUGACCUAUAGGUAUUUUCUCUAUUAUUUGAUAAUUCGGACAGUUAUAGGCGAUCUUCUCUGGAAUGUAGUCACAAGAUUACCUACACGUGGAAAAAGUGUUUCUUUCCUCAAGUAUAUAAGUAGUAGUCUACAUAGACAUACCUACGAGUAAUUUAUCCGCGAAUUUCACGAAAGAUGACGUUUGCAUUAUUGUUUCUUAUAAUGAUUGCAAAUAUUAUAGAUACAUCUUAUGGAAAACCAGUGAUUGAACCUGCUACAACGACAUCUGAAAAACGAAUGACUUAUACUUAUAAUUAUGGUCCAAUAAAUUGGCACUGGCACAUGAAUCCAAUAAAAUGGCACAUGUCUGGGAUUCCAAAGUGGCACAUGCCUGAAAUUCCAAAGUGGCACAUGCCUGAGAUUCCAAAGUGGCACAUGCCUGAGAUUCCAACAACGUGGCACAUGCCUGAGAUUCAUAAAAACAGAACAGUUAUUUUAAACGAAAUGAAUCCAAAAGUAACGUACUCUGAAUCAAUUUCUGGAAAUAAUACCAGUACGAGCCUCCAUGUACAUGGCAUCGAAGUAAAUGUUGACAAAUGGAACUUUUCCGUACAGGAUUUCUUCAAUAUGAUGACUACAGGUGCAAAAAUGCUAACAGACUGGUUGAUAAAACUUCAUCAAUUACGAAUACAAAGUGGUGUAUCUUCUGGAAAUGUCACACACAUAAAUUUACAAGAGUAAAGGAUUGCAUUGGAAUGAAAACAAACAAUGAGUACUCCCGAUCAUGAACAAGAUUUUUUGUACCUAUCAAGCAUUUAGAUUCAACUUUACUAUUUAUUUAUGUAAUUUUAAUUUAUUUCAAUCGCCUUUGGCUUCGGCUUGUUCAACAAACGUUGUUUACUUUACUCAUCUGGGAGAUCUCAUUUUUCUUCCAUUACUGCAUAAUACAUACAUAUGGUAAUAAUAUGCAGGGCCUCUUUUACAAAGUAAUACACAUGUACAUCCCUUGUUUUUUCCUUUCCCCAGGGUGUCUUAUUUUGCCUCAUUUUGGUUCUUUGUGUCCUGAAAAGUUCUGCUUUUUGCUCAAGUAAGGAAGGUUCCUCUUUUUCAAAGAGUCCGGCAAGAAUCCUGAUUUUUAGUUUGAAGGUCCUUUAAAAUUUACCAAAAAUGAUUUUUUCAAAAAAAGUUUGAAAUUUCAAAUUUUUUUUCAAAUUUCAAGACUUAUUACCAGUCAUAAGAUACAAGACUUCAAGGUUAGGUACAUUUGCAAAUGUGAAAUGGGAAAAUUAUGGUAGUUCAGAUUCUCCUCUCCUCUCCUCAUUCUCCUUCUCCAAGUUGUCAGGGAAAAAAUGUUGAGGGAAAUCGAAGGGCCCAAGACAACAAUUUGUACUAUUUGAUAUGGAAUGACCCUGCGGCUGUUGAUUGAUUUAUUGACCAUUAGCCAACAACUACAUAGCACACAAUUCAGGACUAAAUUUUACCCAGCUAGUAUAGACUUCAUGGCUGCAAAAAUUUAUAACAAAAUUCCAAAAUGAAAUCAAAAUUAUCAAUUGCACAAAAUUAUUUUCUAAAACUCUGAAAAAAUGGCAGCUAAAAAAAACAUUUCAUUCAAUAGAUGAGUAUAUGGGUGCUGUUACAUAACUGAGUGCAUUAGAAACUGAACUUUCAGCGACUCUCCUUGUAUUUUUGAUUUAUUAUCUUUCAAUAUUCAUUCAUGAUCAUUCAUACAGCGUCAUUAUUUAUUUUUUUAUUUUUUUUGCAUACUUAAUCGAUAAUUUUUGGAUGUUGUAACUUGUAAAUAAUUCUAAGAAUUUUUAUAAAUGUACAAAAUAUCUCAAUUUUUUUAGAAUGUAUUUUUUUCUGAUUUAUUACAAUUAUGUUUUUUUUUUUUUAGUUUCUAUUAUUUUUAUCAAAGGUGUCUAUUUAAAUAUCUGUGCUAAUCCUAUAUCUCUAUAAUGCUGUACAUGGCGCAUUCAUUUCAUUUUAUUUCAUAUUAUUUCAUUUUAUUAUUCAUUUUUUAAAAAUAUCUUUAUUGUUUUCUACACUGUUAGUACAUAGAAAGCUUAUUUUAUAAACGUAUAUCUAAAUUUUUCAGCGAUAAUAAUCUGUUACACAGCUCUCAAUUUGGAUUUUGCAAAAAUAAAAAUACAACAGGUGCCAUUUACCAACUUAUUCACAAUAUCUUGGAAAAUCUCCACAGCAAAAAUGACAUUAUAGGGAUUUUUUGUGAUCUUUCAAAAGCAUUUGAUAUGAUUAAUCAUGAAAUAUUGCUAGGUAAACUAGAAAAGUAUGGCAUUAGAGGGGUGGCUUUGGACUGGACCACAUCCUUUCUCAAAAAUAGAACUCAAAUUGUUAAGAUAGAAGAUAUAAAUGGAGAAUACCAUUUCUCUGAUCAAUAUCCAGUUGAGCAAGGAGUUCCACAGGGGUCAAUAUUAGGACCUUUGUUCUUUAUCUAUUAUGUUAAUGACCUUCCAAAAAAUGUAAGGAGUAAUCUGAUCCUAUUCGCAGAUGACACUACAGCACUGAUUCCUAUGAAUAUGGGUAUCUCAGUACAGCAGGUAGUGGAUGAUUUGGUAGAGUGGUUCAGAAUAAAUAAAAUGAAAUUAAAUGUUGAGAAAACAAACCUGAUAUAUUUUGGUCACAGCUCACAAAAUUUAAAUUUGGCACUGCCAAUUACUAAAGUUGAAAGUCUAAAAUUUUUAGGAGUGUACAUCAACUCCACUCUUACUUGGACUGAUCACAUAGACUAUUUAGCUGGGAAGCUAUCAUCAAUAAAUUAUCUCCUUUGGCAAUUAAAAGGUGUCACCAAUGUGCAAACAUUAAAAAUGGCAUAUUAUGGAAUGUUCCAGUCUAAUAUGUCAUAUGGCUUAGUGUUUUGGGGCGGUAAUGUCAGUCUUAUGCAGAGAAUUUUUGUAAUACAAAAACGAGCAAUAAGAAUCAUCUAUCGAAUGCAAGUCACAGAAUCAUGCAAGACUAUCUUUCUUUCAAAUGAAAUUUUAACCCUACCCUGCUUAUACAUAUAUCUGAUAUCCCAAAUUGUGAAGAAAGGCAUAGUGAAAUUACAUACCCCUCAACACAGUCAUUAUACUAGAAAUAGCCAACAACUACAUAGCACACAAUUCAGGACUAAAUUUCACCAAGUUAGUAUAGACUUCAUGGCUGCAAAAAUUUAUAACAAAAUCCCAACUGAAAUUAAAAUUAUCAAUUGCACAAAAUUAUUUUCUAAAACUCUGAAAAAAUGGCUACUAAAAAAAGCAUUUUAUUCAAUAGAUGAGUAUAUGGACACUGUUACAUAACUGAGUACAUUAGCAACUGAACUUUCAGCAACUACUUGUAAUUUUGAUUUAUCAUCUAGCGUCAUUGUUUCUUUUUUUAUUUUUAUGUAUAACCGAUAAUUUUUGGAUGUUAUGUGGUAAAUAAUUCUAAGAAUUUUUAUAAAUGUACAUGAAAUCUCACUUUUUUUAUAAUGUAUUGUUUUCUGAUUCAUGUAAUUAUGUUGUUUUUUUUCUUUUUUAUUUAUUUCUUAUUUGGUUUCUAUUAUUUUCAUUGAAUGCGUCUAUUUGGAUAUCUGUGCUGAUCCUAUGCCUGUAUGGUGCUAUACAUGGCGCAUUUAUUUCAUUUUAUUUCAUGUUAUUUAAUUUCAUUAUUCAUUCUUUUAUGUAUUGAUUAUUUCCUAUGUUAGUACAUAAGUCGACUUUGUAAAUGCAGCAACGCUGUCUAUUGCAAAAAAUAAAGUUGAUUUGAUUUGA